UAUUACUAUCUUCUCUCUGUUCCUUUAUUACUUUUUACCUAAUUUUAUCUCUUUAUUGAACAACUUUUUAUAUAACUUCAAAGAUAACUUUUCAUAUAACUAAAGAUAAAAUCGUUUAAAAUAAUUUAUUGUUGGUUAAUAAUUUCUAUUUAUGAACUUAGGAUAGUAAUUCUGACUUAAAUAGAAAACGUAUAUUUUUUAAAUUAUUGAGGUGGAAAGUUUUAAAAUCAACACCCUGUAUAUAGGCUGAGAAAGAAGCAGUUCCAUCGACAAAAUCGGCAGUCACGAACCAUCAAAGAAAUAUUGAACAAAUUACGCAUUAGCGCAACUCGUACAACAGAACUUCCACCGAUAUAUAACGUCCCGCAAUAACUUCUUAUACGAGAUCAUAUUGGCUUCAAUUUACUAUUCCCGACACUUUGAGCUUAUAUAAAGGCGCCAGAUGUCAAUAUUGUCAUUAGCUUGCGGUAACUCCUCGAGAAGCAAAAGAAGAAACAUUCACAGAUAUUGAUAUAGAAAUGAAAACGAUAUGUUUGAAUUUAAUACUAAGUAUCGUUCUCAUAUUUACUGUAGUGAGGGCAAAUGUUUCUGACUCUAUUAUCACUGAUACGGAUGUGGGAGACUGCACAUUCGCUUCACCUGAAGAUCGUUUACCAUUCGAUAUAAUGAAACCAAAGAGCUAUGACAUCAUAUUCAUUAUUGGUUAUAUUCCCCACUUUGCUUCAUCAAGAAUCUUGAUUGAAAUUUAUCAGCAAACGAGAACUAUACGUCUGCACGCUCACAAUAUAAAGCGCAUAAAGUUAAAUGAUAUACAUCUUACGAAUGCAGCGAAAUGCUGCUUUAAAGAAUCGGAAAUUCGUUUCCCAGUGAGAUAUCGUUACUGUAAAAUAUCACAGAUGUUAGACUUGCAUUUUAAACAUGUAAUAUUGCCUGGAUUUUAUUAUCUAACCCUGAAUUUUGCCGUGCCUAUUACCAUCAAUGUUUAUAAAAAUGAUAUUCGGCAUGUGGCCUUUAAUUUAGCAAAACAUGAAAGGUGGUCUUACACAUAUUCAUUUAAAUCGAUCGGUGCUCGAAGAAUAUUUCCAUGCUGGGACCAAUCAGAAAUAAGGGCAACUUUCAAUAUUUCUGUUGUCCAUCCUAAAAAAUACAAGGUCUUUUCAAAUAUGCCACUACAAUUAAUUUGGCCAAGAUCCGGUGAAAUUCUGCACUCAUAUUUUAUGCCCAGUUAUAUGUUAACUGUUUCUGAAGUGACGAUUGUUGUGACUGAUAACAAUAUAAUCCGUCAUUUUGAUUUUAUGACGGAUUCCAUAUGGUGCUAUCCAGAAUCACCGAAAAAUUUGAGCUUCGCCUUUUCUACAGUUGUUGAAGUCAAAAUGUCCUUGGCCAAUUAUGCAACGCUGAGUAUAUUGCCGGAAAUACAGCACAUCAUGAUUCCUAGUCCAUUGAAAGUAGUAGGGUCACCUGGACUCAUUAUUUACAGAGAACGUGAUGUUAGCUACCUUGAAGGGUCAGAUUUCGUUGGUGUCAAAAUAAAUGUUGCACAAUUAAUUGCGAGUCAAAUUGCACGUCAAUGGUUUCGUAGAAAUAUCACCCACCCAACCCCGAUAGAGUUUAUAAGAGAAUCAUUUGCGACCUACUUCAGUUAUUUCUUUUCACUCCAGUUUGACAUGAGCAUACAAUUAGAAGAACUUUUCGUAGUUCAAAUUGUACAAUCUGCAUUCCAUUGUGACAUUACUUUACGAAUGAAUUCUAUAGCAUCUGAUGUAUAUGACAUUAUGCACAGUAAUGAGAUUGAUAGAAUUCUUUACAUUCGUUACUAUCACAAUAAAGGAGCUGUUUUUCUGCGCAUGUUGCAACAAAUUCUUUCACCGCAGAAGUUUAGAGAGCGUAUCGGACAAUAUCUGAAAAAUUCUGACAAUCUAGUGACAAUCACUGGCAACGAUUUGUGGAAGACUCUGCAAGGUACAGACGAUGUACAACAAGAAGGAAAUCCUCAUAUAAAAGAUUUAAUGCAUGGUUGGUUACGGCAGAAACAUUACCCUGAAUUGUACAUUACUUUUGAUGACAAUAACGUGAAUAUCACUACAUUUUGUGAGAGCAGUACUAACUGCGACAUACCUAUAAGCAUUCUUGUACAAUCUGAUAAUAGCUCUUACUUCGAUACCUUGCCACUUACUUGGAUGAUGUGUAACGAAUCUAAAAUUAUUUCUAAGUCUAAGGAGAGUUAUUUCUUUAUAUACAACUUGCGACAAGUUGGAUAUUAUCGUGUAAAUUAUGCAAAUAGCAAUUGGCAGUUGAUUUCGAAUUAUCUGACCUAUAGCGGUUACACUAAUAUACCUGUGCAAAAUCGAGCUCAACUGAUUGACGAUGCAUAUUACUUUACAAUGGCGGGUAAACUCAGCACAUCCAUAUUUUUGAACCUCAUUGAAUAUCUAAAGCGUGAGACUCAUUAUGUAGCUUGGUAUCCUAUGUUCAAUAUUUUAACUUACAUGUCUGCAUAUUGGAAGCUUUCAGCGAGUAGUUCUGUAAAGGCGACCAUGUUGGAAAUAUUGGAUAAUCUGCUUACGAAUAUUGGGUACGAGGAGAAACCUGAAGAUAAUGGCAUGACGAAGACAUUAAGGUUAUUAGCAACAAAGUGGUCUUGUAAACUUGGUCAUAGCGAAUGCAGAAAAGCUGCCAGUGCUAAAUUGGAAACAAAAUAUAAUUCUCCGGAUACACAAAUUUUGCCAUGGUGGAAAGAAUGGGUGUAUUGUACAGGUAUGAUGCAACUCAACGAAAAUACUUGGCAGCAAAUUCUGCGUGAAAGCCUUCGAUCUUCAGAUAUAUCUACAUUUAAAUAUUUGGCUUGUACUGAUAAUUUUACACGCAUAACAUAUUACAUAGAUCUCCUUCUCGAUAAAGAGAUAGCUGAAUUAAUAGAAAACAAACAGCUUACGGAACAUUUCCAAUCUACUUUAAAGAGAUAUAUGCAGAAUGAUAUGGUGUAUCCAUAUGUCUUAGAAAGAUUUAUGAAAAUAAUAGACAGAUUUUACAAACAUGAAGUGAUAGUUUUAUGGGGUGAUAUCAUAUGGAAUCUUCGUUUUGAAGAUGAAUUGAAAAAGAUAGAGGAGUUUUUAAUUAAGGUUGAGACAAGAUAUUCGCCAGGGUCAUAUAAAGUCUUGAAGAUAAUAAGAGCACGAAAAGAUGAAUUAAACAAAAUACACAAGAUGUUUUAUAAUUUUUAAAACAUAAAUUAUUAAUUGGUGCGCAUAUUAAUCAAAAUUAUAAAUUAUAAUUAUAAAUUAUGUAUCGCGCAAUUGAAACAAUUAAUCAUACCCAUUCACGUACAAAUU